AUACGACACCAUCAUACACACACCCGCACCCAACCAAACCCCAUCUCCAGACCCUUCUUCCCCUUACCACACUACCUAAAAUCUAGGGUUUUUUAAUGCUCCUUUUUUUCUCUUCAAAUUUCACCACAUUGUUCAUCUUUCCACCACUUAUCAUCCUCCGAUUCAUCAAAUUCCCAGGUUUUUUCUCCUUUUUCUUCCUCAAUUUUGCGUCAUCUGGAUGGCGAAGACUAAACCUGGGAAGAAAGAUUUGGAUUCCUACACAAUCAAGGGCACAAACAAAGUUGUUCGACCUGGGGACUGUGUGUUGAUGAGACCGUCUGAUUCUGAUAAGCCUCCUUAUGUGGCUCGUGUGGAGAAGCUUGAGGCUGAUCACCGGAACAAUGUGAAGGUUAGGGUUAGGUGGUAUUAUCGUCCUGAGGAGUCGAUCGGAGGGAGGAGGCAAUUUCAUGGUGUCAAAGAGCUUUUUCUGUCUGAUCAUUAUGAUAUGCAGAGUGCUCAUACGAUUGAAGGGAAGUGUAUAGUUCACUCGUUUAAGAACUAUACGAAGCUUGAUAAUGUUGGUACUGAAGACUACUUCUGUCGCUUUGAGUACAAGGCUGCUACUGGGGGUUUUACCCCUGAUCGCGUUGCAGUGUACUGCAAAUGUGAAAUGCCCUACAACCCUGAUGACUUGAUGGUUCAGUGUGAAGGAUGCAAGGACUGGUUUCAUCCUUCUUGCAUGGGUAUGACAAUUGAGGAGGCCAAGAAGCUGGACCAGUUUUUGUGUUCAGAUUGCUCCUCUGAUGAUGAUGCCAAAAGACCAUUGAACUCAUUCCCAGUAUCACCUUCUGGUGAUGCCAAGGGCGUAUACCCGAAAAGAGGAAUCUUUAAAGGUGCAUAGGCCAUCGAAGGAUGAACGUUCUAACUUCUAAGUUGGUGGAGCCGAAACGCAGAAAGCGAUGACCGACCAACUGACGGGUGAAAGGAGGUAAUGAUUUUGUUGAGUUCUUAUUUAGCUCCAUCCAGCUUUAUUGUUGUGGGGAAAAUUGUAUAGUGCAAAGAAGAGAGUGUGGUUGCACAAUCAAUAAGCCUUCUGUUAUUUAUUGUGUGAAAUAUACCAUCUAUCUUUGCCUUCCUUAAUGCUAGACUAGCUGAACAAAAAAGUUAAAACUUAGUGCAGAUUAAGGUUGAAAUGAGAAUUCAUGGCACUCUUGUGAUAUAUCUAUUCGGG